CAGGCCAGCAGCACUGAGCGCGAACGAACGAACGAACGCACUCGCGGCGGCCAGUCUCGCCGCUGACGGCAGCCGACCGAGAUCUCGUGUCGCUCGCGCGCGAUUUUAUCCUCUACUAAGUACUGCUCCUGUAUACAAUUCCUCUUCGACGAACUCACUUACGCACAAUCGCGUGUGCGCUCGUACACACUUGGCUGUGCUGUGUACGAGCUCUGCUAUAACACAUAUAGGUAUAUAGGUUAUAAUCAACGCAUGAUCAUCGCACUGCAGUGUGCAGAGGGAGAGGAGUGCGCGAGGAAGACAACAUAACCGUGUUCUCCGAGCGAGAGCCGUAUACGCAUGUGUGUCGGAGGGACGGUAUAUAGUGGAACAACCGCCGCCGAUACUGUAACCGCCCCCGGAGAGGAUGUCCUCGAGGCCGUCGCCGCCGGUAGCAGUAUCCCGGCCGAGCUAACGGGAUACCGACGACAUAGCGAGAGUGCGACUGUAUACUCUGUCCGAUAGUCGUGUUAUAUAUAUAUAUAUAUACAUAUAUCUGUCCUCGGCGAAUCAUCCGGAGUGUCACGCAGUCAGCGGAAGAAGCUGUGAGGAUCUGCAGAGCCAGCUGGUGCAGCCGGAGUAGACAGGAAAAGUGUCUUCAGCCACGAGGAAGGAGCGGCGCCGAGAGGCGGAUCGAUCCGACCCAGCAUACUACUGUACUCAGCUCUCCGAGAUCUUGAGAAAUCAAGAGAUCGAGAAAACCUUUCGUCAACGCGGCGAUGAUCGACUCGUGAUCGGGUCGAUGAAAGGUGCCAUCAGCAUCGGCUUAAAGUAGAAGUGGCGAGAGGCGAUUCGUAGGACGAAGGUGGAGGCCUGCGGGGCCGCGUCGACGAAGACGCAGGAGUCGUGGACAGCUUGGGGACCGGAGCCGUCGCCGCGAGGCCCCGGCGCACCGCCACCCCAAAGACCACGCGCUGGUGGCGGAGGAAACGACGGAGGCGACGCCUCGACAACGAUUUCGGGCGGCGUUCGUGACGAGGAGGCGAGGUAGUGCGCGGCUGCAGCAGCAGGAUGUUCGGCGUGAUCUGCCGGCGCAACUGGGCCCUCAGGCUCUCGAUCGUGCUGAACGUCUGCGUGCUGCUCUACGUGUGCGCGCACUUCGGGGCCGUCUCGGGGCCCUGGAUCGAAGAGGGCGCCGCUGCCGGGGCGAGCAACUGGGCCGCCAAUCCGAACUCCAUCGGCGCUUCCUCGGUCCAGGAUGCCCAGAUAUUGCAGCAGGAGGGCACCCAGCCGAGAGCCAAUGCCACGGCAGCGUCGACCUCGACUGCCGCAGCUUCUGGAGAAGUCAAGACUGCGGCUGCUCAGCUCGAUGGAAAGCUCGAGGCUGGGAAGCUCGAGAAGACGGGCAGCAACGCUGUUGACUUUAAGGGGAACGAGACGAAGCUCGUCGAGUCGAAUGCCGUCGAGGAGAAGAAGGUCAAUCAAACGGUGAAUCAGAACAAGGCGAAGAAAGAACUGACGCUGCAGGAAGCGGUACUCUGCAACGACAAGUCCUCCGAGCCGAAAACUGCGCAACGCGGUGACUACUGGGUGCUUUAUAAUUACGUGCCGAUGAGCAUGAAGGUGCACUGUUGGGAGAGCGUGACGUACACGACGCACGCGGACUACACGUUCCUGGACAAUCUGGAGCCGCUGCUGGACAGAUGGAGGGCUCCGAUAUCAAUAGCCCUGCACGCGCCCGGAGCCGAUUUUCCGCCCACGAUUGAAGCCAUCAAGUACGCGCGUAGCUGUGGCAGUCCCCUAGUCGCCCAGCUCGUCACCUUCCACGUCUACUUCAGCAGCAAGCACGUGCCAAAAAUGAUCCCAUCGGGUGAAAAGGUUGCCUCGGAACGAGCAAACUGCAGCAAGCCAGCACCCUGGGUGAACGUCAACGCCGCCAGUAUGUACAAAAACUACCGCAAGCUCCUGUACCCGGUGAACGUCGGACGCAAUGUGGCUCGUGAGUCUGCACCUACGAGGUACGUUCUGGCCAGCGACAUCGAGCUCUAUCCCAGCCCUGAUCUGCCGGCCAAGUUUCUCGAAAUGAUCCGGCGCAACGAUCAGCCAGCUCUGCUCAAGCCUAAUCCCAAGGUCUUCGUUCUGUCGAUAUUCGAGGUCGACGAGAAGAGUCAGCCGCCCGCCAAUAAGACGAGACUGAUGCAAAUGCUGAAGGCAGGAACAGCUAUACCGUUCCACAAGAAGCUGUGCGCCGGUUGCCACAACGUGCCGCGUAGCAAGGAGUGGCAGGAAGCCCCAGAGACGUCGGGUUUACACAUAUUCCACACCGGCAAACGUACCGGCAGCUUUAUACACUGGGAGCCGAUCUACAUCGGCACCAACGACGACCCGCUCUAUGAUGAGCGGCUAAGCUGGGAGGGCAAAAGCGACAAGAUGACACAGGGCUACGCGCUAUGCGUGCUGGACUACGACUUCCUGAUAGUGGACAACGCAUUCUUGGUGCAUCGGCCAGGAAUCAAGGUCUUCAAAAAGGACAACUAUCGAGAUACGCUCACGGCCAAAACCAACGUUCUCAUUAAGAAGAUCAUCGUUCCGGAGCUGAAAGUGCUCUACGGUACAAGGAAGGGUUGUGCCGUCUAGUGCUACGCGGCCGCGCCGGCCCGUCCGCCGCGGGGCCUCAAAGUGCCAAAAACCGUAUCAACUCGUCGCUGUGUCUUUCUCUAACGACCAGCGGAUUCUCCACCCGCGACGAAGAAUAGUUAUUUUUUAAGAAACCACACAGCGGUACAAGGUGCUUAAUCGUUUGCGCGAUGACGUGCGGUGGAGAGAGGACGAUGAGUUCAGUGACUUAGACAGAUGCUCUAAUAGACGCCGGUGCGAGAAGAAAAUAUUUUUCUAUCCACGACAGGUAGGAGAGGUUCGGUUGAACGAGCAGACGCUAUGCAUGAUGCCAUUCGAUUCUCGUUUCGAUGACGAGAGUCGCGCGCUGGCGCUGCGCAUAGACAAAACUGUGUGUAUGUGAGAGAGAUGAAGAAAACGUGUGCGGCUUGCGGUACAGUGGGCCGAGCGCGAGUCAGACGAAUUUUUCCCAGGAGACCGCUUCUCCUGACACUUUCCACUUUCAGCGUUAUACAUAUAUACAUAGAUAGAGAUAGAGACGCAUAUACAUAUAUUAAGUCGUCGCAUUGUAUACUACGUAGAUUACAGUUAAGUAGCUCUAUUACUCCUCUAGUUGGAUUUAUUCGAUCACGCGCUGGCAAUUUGACUUUCGCGUGAAUCGCGUGAUUUUCCGCAAAACCCUCGGGAAACAUUGCGACUCUCAAUAUGUCGAUAUAGAUAGUAUAUAAAGUAAAAACAUUUGCUAGGGAAUCUAUAUAGCGUGUCAUUCCAACCGGUGAGAAAAGCUUACAGUCUUUCUCGAAGAAUGUAUACGUUGCCGUAGCAUCGUAAGGCUUGUAAUUCGCUUUAUUUGACCCAUCGACACUCACGUCGUUUCUUUUACGAUCAACCAAUUGCCAGAGCUAUGUCGAAUUAUCAAAGUUCAGGACGUUUGCCUGCAGUAUGAACAAUAGGACACGUAGUCGUUCAUUGUAAAAAAGUUUUUUAAAAAGUGAUCAAGCAUAUACCGAACUCAUGGUAGCAAACAAAGAGAAAAAAGUGAUAAAUAAAAUUAAAAAUCGCGCGCAUUGAAAAUGCGCUUCAGGUUGUAAUUAACAAAAAAGUGCGCGUCCGUGACGCAGGAAUAGUCAUAGCAUUGUAUCAUAUAAACCUAUAAAUAUUUUUUUAUAUCAGCGUGUGGCAAGGAAACUCAAAGUGGCGAUGCGAUUAUUUAAAAAACAAAAAUUAAUUGUUGUACGUGGGAGAGAGUCUUGCAGAAUCGUGCAGAUUGCCAGAAGGAGGUCGCCUUUUCUCCUUUGGUGUGGUUUUUCAUCAUUGGAUCUACCUGUGUUACUAUGGUGGAUAAGAUUCAAUUUUAAUCACUGGUUAUCUAAAAAAAUCCGAGCGAUUGACUUUUCUAUGAAUAAAUUAAGCUCAUUUGAGCUUUAUGUUUUAAUGGUGCGUUUGUUAGAAAUUUUAAUUUGACGAAUUAUAGUUUAAUUUUUUUUUUUCUAUGAUAAAACUUAUUCUUUGAUCGCAUUGUUACAAAACGUGUUGACCCGACGAGCAAUGGUAGUUCAUUAAGGUGGUUAUGAACUCUAGUGGAGAAAUAUAAUUAAAGUCGGCCAACUAAACUGUUACUUUCAUCAUCUAAUUUGGUUAUAAACUAAACAAAAAUGACUAAACUUAGUAUUCCUAUGGUAUUGGAUGAAGUUUCGUUUGAUAUAUUUUGCCACUAGAAAAAUCUGAACGUUUCGUAACCAUCGACGUGAUUGCAUUGCAAGUUCCUAGUGCAUUUUCUUGUUUGUUAAUUUACCAAUGGGCUGUGCAAUUAUUUCGCGCGAGCUACAUGAACUACAGCAGGUCUAAGAGACAGUUGUGUAUAAAUGCAGAAAGAGAAAUAAGAGAUAACACGAGCGACGUGUCUCAUGUGUAAAUACCCCGUGCCUUACAAGAGAACAAAUUUCAGCUUCCGAGACAUUUUCUACGUCGUGGAGACGCUCGAGGUAGUUGAAAGUAUGUGUGUUGUCAAUUUCUAUUAUUAUUUUUAAACGGUUACUCGUAUUUUGCAAAUAUUCAGGACAGAUUUGAUUUAGACAAGUUUUUAAAAAUAUCAAAGGAAAUAAGAAUUUUAAUUAAUGUGAAUUUAUUUGUCCUUUUAACUUUACACUUAUAUUUAUAGAUGUCGUAUACACCUUCAAGAAUAAAUUUUAAUCAUUUUUAAUGGAUUAUUAUACAUUCCUACUUUCUGAAAUGUCUCUGUACGUCAAUAUUGGAGGCAAGACUAUAUUAUCUUUGGAUAAAUCAAAGGUUUAUCAUAAAAUUAUUACCUUCGUUUAACUUGUCAUUAUAUCAAUAGCUAAUUUUUAUAGAUACUUGUAGCCUUUCUUUAUCAUUAUUGACAUUUUAUUGCAAAAUUAAGUCAACAAAUUCUAAAAUUGUAGUAAAAAAUGGUAAAGCUGGGGCGGUAUUAUUCUUAAAAAAAGAAUUGAAUGCAUAAUAUUGUUAUCUGUACUUCGGAAAAAUAUUAUUUACGAUAAUAUCAACAAAACUACAUAAAAAUCCCCCUUUUAAUAAAUACAUAUAUUUUUCAGUAUAUAUCUCUAAGUAAAGAAGUGCAGGAAUCGCAUUUAUAAUCGUAUGACUUGAAUUUCCCUUAUAGAGCAUUACUAGAUUUGUAAGCAAUACGAAAUGUAAAUAUAUAAAUAUAUACAACUAAUAAUUACUUGCAAAACUCAUUGCCGAAAAAUGCGAACACAUACGUUAACUUAUAUUUAAACAAUGCUUUGAACAUGUGUACGCAUCGCGUUACUUAACUCAAUUUGUUUACAAUUUUCAUUGUUUUUUAUGAUGCUUUUACUAAGGUCAACAAAUUACAACUAUACCGACGAAAGUUAUUAAUUUGAUCUUAUUUUACGUUGAAAGUUUUUUCAAGGAAACACUGAUAAUUUAAACAAUCUUUUAUUGUAUAUUUCACUCGUUAAUUAUUGCGUGAUGUUAAUAAUUAGUUUUACAAGUGAAAAUAAUUUUUUUUUCUCUGUUAUUUAUAUCAGUAUAUACCUAUUUGUCAAGUAUUUUUGCAUAAUUUGCCAUUUACUAUACCUCAAACAAAGAUUUCUCCGAAAGUAAAUUAAAAGAUUUGUUAAAAAUAAUUGCAAAGGUUGGCGGGAUAAAUACACAUUUGAAAUGUUCUAACUAUGAAUCUUAUUAAUCAGAUUUUCGAGAAAUCUUUUUGCCAAAGUAGUCAACCAUUCAUUUUUUAUGGUUUUAAGCUAUGUAAUAAAAUAUGAACUUAAGAGAAAACAAUCAGGAUGCAAUAAUUUUGCCAAACUACUGUUAAAAUAAAUCUAAUAUAUAUAUAUUUAAAGACCUAGUGUAAUCGAAGUCCGAGUUGUUUCACUGUGUAAUUUAGACUUCGAUCAUAGCGAUUAUUACUUAUUGCAAAAUGAUCGAACAAGUUACAACUUUUUUCGAUCAUCAUCGCGUAAUUAAAACGCAGUCAAACAAUAAUGUUAAAAUAUUUGUAUUAACACGUAUGCCAAACAAAGUAUAAUUAUUCUCAAGCAACUAUUCUUAAUAAAAUGAUUGAAUCCUGACUGUUUUCAUCGUCUACUGUAAUAUAUACGUAUGUAAGCUCUGUAAAUGUCUAUCGACUGACCAGUAUAUACAUAAAAAAAGUAAAAGGAAUACCGCGAUGGAAGACGAGUAAAAAGCAUAUAGCAUAGGGUUGAACUCACUGCGCGUUGUGGUAGACUUAAUUUUUUUAUUGUAUACGUGCUCUUAUCGAUGUGCCACACACGAGAAUCUCGUCGACACGGCAGAAACGAUCCCCUUAUGUAUGAAUACGCUUGUACAAAUGUAUAAGUAUUUUCGAAAAAAGAAGAAUGAAUAAAUAAAAUAAAAUAAAGAGUAAAAAGAAAA